AAGUGAGACGAAUGCAAGGCGGAUAGACGGCGAGGGACAAAGUACGAAACGAACAGCUGGAAUGACGGAGAGGAACGAGCGCGCGAACGAGCGAGAGGGAAGCAGCUGGACCGUGUUGCCUCCAACGCGGAGCAGCGCGGCGCGGCGCGGAGACGGAUGCUGCGGCGAGGCGGAUCGAGAGGGAGAAGGAGAAAGAGAUGGGGGAAGAUCGGAAGAGAUAGACAGCUAGAAGGAGCGAGAGCGUAACAGUGGGAAGGACGGCAGCGCGAGAGAGAGAUCGGCCGGCGAGGAGCGAGGAAGAGCGGCGGAGCGUAUAGUCGCGGGAAGGCCGCGGUAGUCUUUCUCGGCUGGCUAGGUGAGAUAAGGACGAGGCGGACAAACGGACUGACGAAGGUGCCCAAGGUAGGGAUACUCAGUCUCGCGGCCACGUGCUACACGAGCGCACGCCCCGAGCCGGCAGGCGGUCCAGCCAGCCAGCCAGCCAGCUAGCCAGCCAGCUCUUCGACGCCGUCCUCUUCUUCGCGUCCUCGUAUUAAUCCGUGCACGCGCGCGCGCGCGCACGCACCUUCCUCCCGUUCCUCCCGUCCAUUCGUCCGCCCGCUCGUGCACACCACGUCUCUCCUCCGUCCGUUUCUUUUUCUACAGACGGAAACUGUCGAAAAGUCGCGCGACAGCGUCCGUAGUUCCGAGCGCGGUCCAGCACGCGAUCGGUGGUGGUUCUCCAGCAUGCUCCGAGAGGAGUAUCGCGCGCGCAGUGAUCUCGAAGAGAUAUCGGAGGGACACACUCGGUUGCUGUGAUCCGCGCGGACGGCGCGGCUAUUCUCGUCCUGUGAUCCUUUCCGACGGGUGACCGCGUUUCUCUCUCUCUCUCUCUCUUCCCGUUGGAGAAUAUUUUCGACACGAGUGUGUAUCGCGCGGAUAACUCUCGGUAGUUUGGUGUACCAGCGACGUUAUCGCGACGAGGACGAUCGCGUACUGUUUGACGACACAUACAGUGCGUGGAUGGAAGAACGUGCGUCGAUGUGCUUUCUGUGUUGGGAGUAAGGGCGAACGGCGAUGACGCGUGCUGUCACGGCGGACUGACAUGCGUCCGUAGGUGCGACGGUGCGGAAAAUUAGAAAAGGGUUUCAUACGGAAGUGUAUCGAGAGAGAGAGGCAGAGGAAUACAUCUCGGUGAAGGAUAUCGCACACAGGUCGUCAGGAAGUCACGCGUCGCGUGAACGUUUCAGCGACGAAGCGUGGCGGCACGCGAGAGGCGCCCAAAAUGUUGGCUCGCUACAUCAAGCGAAAAGUGGGCAGGUCGGGUCACAGGCCAGGACGGCUGACAACAAGAGAUUAAAACGUGUCGAAUGGAUGUGGGCGAUCUGUCAGGCCCCGCAGGAUUGAUAGGGAGCGGAUCCAUCUCGGUUGCGACGGGUGUUGGUGUUAUCGCCAACGCGACAUCCGCUACCCCACGGUGGUGGACGCCUACGUCGACGAUCACAUCGGUAGCGGCCAACACCGACGUGAUGAAUCAGCUCUGCAGGGUUUGCGGAGAGCCGGCCGCGGGUUUUCACUUCGGGGCCUUCACGUGCGAAGGCUGCAAGUCCUUCUUCGGGCGCACCUACAACAAUCUGGGUAGCAUUUCCGAAUGCAAGAACGGCGGCGUCUGCGUGAUCAACAAGAAGAAUCGUACCGCCUGCAAGGCAUGUCGCUUACGGAAGUGCCUAAUGGUGGGCAUGUCCAAGUCCGGCUCGCGUUACGGCCGGCGCUCCAAUUGGUUCAAGAUACACUGCCUGCUACAGGAACAAUCCCAGCAAGCGCAAAAUCGCCUAAUCAAAGAUCCGAAGUCCGCGUAUGAGAAGGCGUUCGGCUCGUUAGACGCCGCGAAUAACAAUAAUAAUAAUAACAAUACCGAGAACGCCAGUAACACCAGCGCCAGCAGCAUCGUCGGCAUCGUCACCACGGCGACCACCACGGCGAACAGUUACCAUCAUCAUCUGCACCACCAUCACCAUCCGGACCGAUUGCCCAAGAGGGAGGACGGGGCGCUCAGGCCACCGGAUAUCCCGGUGCAACUAAGAUCACCCGACAUCCCGCCGAGAAGCAGUCAGGAUGCGAUUCUGAGGCCUGCCGAAUUGCCGAGGGCUCCACACGAGAUGCUCAGGCCCGAAGUUUCGAGGUUCCCCAUGUGGCGGGGUCCACCCUUGUUUCAUCCGGCGCUCACGCACAUGCAGCUGCUGAACACGCCGUUCUUCCCGUUCCAGCAGCGCUUCAUCGUACCUUACGUGAAUCAAGUGGGUCCACCGCAGAUGACGACCAGCCUGUCGAGUUCGUCCAGCGAGAGCGUCAGCCCGCGAUCGACUCCAUCGCCAACGAAGAGAAGCGAGGAGAAUCGAGAGUGCCGGGAAAUCGAUCGCGAGACCGCCGAGCGAGACCGAUGUCCGAGAGCAAAUUCGAUAGAGGUCGCGUACGACAAGAAUCUGACGUUCUUGCGAUCACUCGGGCCGGAGCAGGAGGAGCCGAUGGACCUCAGCAUGAAGGACACACAGACGGACGGACAGGAGGUGGACGCUGGUAGCCUGGAGGAGGAGGAGGAAACCAAGUCGAGCAACAGCGAGGAAAAUGAGCUUCUACAGGACACCGGACCGCCCCUGGACCUCACCCGAAAGACAUGACCUCGGAUACCAAAUGGUGCUCACUAAGUGCUCAACGGGAACUCGAUCCGGUCGUGAAAGGAUCGUUGCCAAUGUUGCUCCGAAUCCGCGUGGAUAAUGGAGCAGUGUCGCCGAGCAAUUUAUCGAGAGAGAAGCUGACGAUGGAAGCUGCCUCUUCCUGCGACAGGAGGAAAGAAAUGAACGGUCGAAGGAGAAGACGGAUGGAUGGGAAAAUGACGUGAGACGAAGAAGGAGGAGGAGGAGGAGAAGAAGGCAAAGAAAGAAUACAGGAAAGAAGAGAAUGGAGAAGAACGCGCGAAUCACACGAGAUGCGGAGAGGGUGAAAGAAGGUACAGUUACAUCGUAAUAACGCGGCGAGAAGCACGGCCGAGUGUCAAAGGUGCCUCGGCACAAGAAACGAGGAGGCGACUCAGGGGGAAAGAGGAGUAGCCGAAUACGAUUACGACACGAGAGGGAAAAGCAGAAGGAGAUGGGAAGAGAGGAGAGAGAAAGAGAGAGAGAGAGCGCGGUCAGCCUACGCCGAAGGAGGAGAGGAGGAGAGGAGGAGAGGAGGAGGAGGAAGAAGAAGCGCCGCGCGCGUAGCCAGCCGGCAUAAACGGCUUUACGAUCGGCGAUCCGUCCGAUCGAUGAAAAUUGCUCAAGCCGCUCGGCAUUAGCCGACACACAGUCCCUUUUGCCCGGUCGUACCCCGACGGCAGGUGCACACUGACGAAGCGACCGAGAAUAUAUCGGCUCGCGAUACAUUCUCUUUCGUCGGAGGAACGAACGACGGACGCAUCGUGCCUUAGCGAAGCUGGGCGCAUCAGACUAUGCGCGACUCGCGAUUUCGCUAUUCGUAUUGAGUUUCGUGCAUAUUGUGGACGAGUUAAGAUUCGUCGAGUUCGUCAUUCAUCAUUCACGCUGACCCGUCAGCGGAGCGAUAUAUCGACGAGGCCGGAAGGAAGAGAGGGCGUGAAACCCUGCGAAUCAAUUCAUCCGUGUAUUCGUUCGCGUAUAGAAGCUGCGCUAUGCGAACAAACGAAACUACGAAUCGCGAAUCGCGCGAGAGGGUUCACGCCGGCGAACUGGCGAAUUUCCACUGCGGAUCGCGAACCGCGAAUCACGAAUCGCGAAUCGCGCAUAUCGUGGCACCAGCUCGACGCGGUGCCUUAAAAAAUACGGCGAUGAAGCUUCAACCGCCGGUGAUAGUUUAACAUUAAUGUACGAUAUGUAACCGUUUGCCGUAGCGUGGCGACAGCGCACGGCGGGAUGGCCAGUGAGUGUAAACUUCGCGCGUACUUACUAUUUGCGCCGACAAACGCGUUCGGGGCCCGGGGGUUCUCUCUACGAUCCGUGCAUUCGCGUCGAUUUUUUUUGAAAAAAAAACCCAAAAUUGACGGCGAUGCGAGAGAUCGGACGACGAUGAUCCGGGCGCCCGAUAAAUUGUGAUUCUGCGAAUUCCAAGUGCUCUUAGUACGUAACUUAUGUAUAUUUUUUUUCUCGAGAGUCGGACGAACAGGGAUCAUAUCGCCAAACCCAAGCGCGCGGAAACCGUUCCGAAACGCUCCGAUCGUGCCGAUCGUUCGCGGUGGGAUCCGCAGUUGCGUUCAAGUACAAAAAAAAAAAGAAUAGAAAGGUAGAGAAGGAAAUAUGCGAGAGAGGUGCGCGGUAGCCACGAUCGGACGAUACGCACGAGGCAUGGGCACCGUUUGAGUGUCCGAGUAUCGAGAGAGGAGUACGAAGUGAAAUAAAGAAUAUUGUAUACCUGAA